CAUCCCGGGUGAGCAGCAGCGGCAGAACCAUGGGGCGCACUCGCGACGCCAUCCUGGACGCGCUGGAGAACCUGACUGCAGACGAGUUCAAGAAGUUCAAGCUGAAGCUACUUUCAGUGCCGCUGCGCGAAGGCUAUGGGCGCAUCCCGCGAGGGACACUGAUGUCCAUGGAUGCCAUGGACCUCACAGACAAGCUCGUCUCUUUCUACCUGGAAGAGUACAGCGCAGAGCUCACCGCGGUCGUGCUGCGUGAGAUUGGCAUGCAGGAAACAGCGGAGCAGCUGCAGAUGGUGCGCAAAGGCCCCGCUCCAGGGCCUGCUGGGAUCCAGGAUCACCAGACUGCAAUCAAGCCAGCACCGCACUUUGUGGACCAGCACCGGGUAGCCCUCAUCACGCGUGUCACAGACGUGGAUGGGGUGCUGGACGCCCUGUAUGGUACGGUCCUGUCAGAGGAGCAGUACGGGGCAGUGCGGGCCGAGUCCACCAACCCAAUGAAGAUGAGGAAGCUCCUCAGCUUUGCUCCAGCCUGGAACAAGACCUGCAAAGAUCUGCUCCUUCAGGCCCUGAAGAACACCCACCCCUACCUGGUGGUCGACCUGGAGAAAAGCUGAGGGGUCUUCCCCAGCAGCAGUCCCACAUAGAAUCCCUGGCAGUUCCAGCCAACUAACCCCAAAUCUGAAUCUCUUUUUAUACUCAAUAUAUGAAAAGCCAACUUGUACUUGUGUGUUUUUCCUACUUCCAGCCUGGAAGCACAUGCAGAGCUAAACUACAGUGUAAAUGCCGCAGAGGCCAAAUAAAGCUCUACUUUACUGCCUGGUCCUAGGGCAGCAGGCUCCCCGCUUUAUCCUUUCUACCUCACAGUCACCGUGGAAUAUCCCCUCUCAUUUACCAUUUGGUAACUCCUCCAGUGCUACC